AUGGCUGGGCUGUUUCACUCGCAGGCGUUGAAGUCGAUCGGCCGUCGACGUGCCCCAGUGCCCCGGUCUCGCCCAGCUUUCCAUACCGCGUUCGUCCUUUCGUCUCCUUCGGAGAUCCUCAUUAACCAUUCGCUGAUGAAGUACAAAAGUCGCAGUGUCGAAACGUUCGUUCGCGAUGGUGCCAGGUCAGAAACCUACAAACGCAACAUCAGCGACUUGCUGCACAGCCCCCUUGAGCCUCAGCCGAAACAACGGAAGUCACCGAGGUGGCGAUGGACGAUGCUGGUGAAGUUGUCGUGCUUAAAUAGCUGCAUUCUCGACCAUCUGAGAGCUUCGGAGGUAAUUUCCUCGUCGCCCCGACAACUGGUGCCGAUGGUCUGGCGACCGUUGGAAAACUUGCCAUGCGUCGUACCACCUUCAAAACAUAUGGUCGCUUUCCGUUUGACCGAUCACCUGUCAGAAAAGCUGGCUUGUCGCCGUUUUUUGCUGUUGCAAAUAAGUGUCGCUGCUUUUUAA